UUCUAUGUAUUGCAAGUUAUCCAUUGUGCUAGGCUAUACAUCCAACGCUUUCACCGUAUCUUUGCAACCUUCGUAUGGUCUUCAACUUUUGAGCCCAUGAGGCGAGACAACAUUUUUAGGCCUGUUAGCGAAGGUGGGCUGGGCUUAGUACAUCUUUAUGUGCGGCAGAUAGUGUCUCGUUUCUUCUUUUUUCGCGAUACUUCCCAUCCUGUAAUUCGUUCAUACAUGCAAGUCACACUUGUUAAUGCGUUACCUGAUUUAGUUGUUUCUUCAAGUUUUUCUUCGCGCUUAUGCUUGUGGGGGUUCGUGCAAGAAGUUUACUUGGCGGUUCGUUUCCUGACAGUUCGGUUUUCCACUGAAUACUUGUAUUCUGUGUCGCGCAAAACGUUGUACAAAGACUUACUAUCCACGCUAUUCCCGCCUCCACUUUACCGAUCAAUAUACAUUAAAUUGCCAGGCCACGAUGUGCUAAAGCGAGUUCGCAAAAUGUAUUUAUCCCCUUGCUGCAAAACAUUCUUUUAUAAAGUUCAUAGUGAAACCAUACCGGUUAAAGCAUGGCUACAAAAAAAAGGUAUCUUUGUCUCUUCUGUUAACUGUCGCCUUUGUGAUGUACCAGAGACAAUUGAACAUUGUUUUAUUAGCUGCACCGACGCCAUCCUAUUUUGGGAUGUCCUCCAACGGACUUUAAAGAAAGACUUUGAGAUUAACGCUCAUACUGUGCGAUACCUGCUGCCAACCUCUGAUAAUAGUGCACCUUUCGAUAUGUUUUUUGUCAUGGGAAUGCACAGUUUGUGGAAAACGCGAAUGAUGGACCGCAACGCCGAAACGGUUGUAACUACAAGGGCAAAUUUCAUCCAAAUGACGCUACACCUAAAGCAGGUUUAUGAUGGACUCGGUGUGCAACCGGACUGGUACCCUAUUUUGGCGAGGUGCUUAUCCUUGCCACCCUACGCGAACGUUUCUACUCACAGUAUGAACGCUGCCUCUUCUGUGUGACUUUCAU